AUGAAGGAUGAGAAAGAUGACUUUGAUAUUCUGGACGUCGUAGCUGCUCGACUGAAUGAUCACAGCAAUCACAGUAGCGUUGCUACUAACGGUACGAGUUCUCAUCUGGAUGGCCAAGACGUGGAUGUGGAAGCACAGACCACAACUCGAAAUCUCACCAAUGGCAGUGAUACCACAAGUGGUGCGAGAAGUACCAGUACUUCUACAGACGCCACGAUCCUGCCCGUCGCGGCUCGGCAAGAGAGUCUCCCUGGCGCCUAUGCCAUUGCUCCCACCCCAGUAGAGGCGGAUAGUAGCGAUGAUCUACUACCGGUAGUACAGCAAACAUCAGACAACAGCAGCAACUCUAUAGCUCAGGACGAGGAGGCAGCGAUUCCAGACAAGAACGACGAAUGGGUCCCCAGGGAUUCUACAAGUACAAGUACAGAUACGACCAGAACGGGUGACUUUGACAGUCCGGACAACACCACAAGUACUACUGCGUUCAGCCUACCGGUAGGAGGCACAUCUGAAACUACAAAUCGCCAAAGCAGCUUGGUAGAGGCAGUUUUGGUUCCAGAGGACACUCUGCAGUCCGCAGCCGACCUGCCUCAAGCACAAGAUUUUGAUGCUGCCGAAUCGGCCAGGAGGAGAGCCAGGAGGGACAAGCAAUUCCAAACCAAGGUAUUUUCUGUAAGCUGUCUUGUUUUGAUUGUGAUUGUUGUCAUUCUGGUAGCAGUGGUGGUUUUGACUCCCGGCAACAAUGAGGAAUCAUCGUACCCUCAUAGUACCAACCAUGAUGAUUUCUCAGCAACCACCCCCACAAGAGCUCCUUCUCCUGCAGCUUCCACUACACUCCAUGGCAGUAUCCUCGACUUGCUCCCACAAUGUACUGUCAGGUCCAUUGAGGAAGAUCCAGAGUCUCCCCAAGCACAAGCCUUCCAAUGGCUAUGGGAUGAUAUCGAACAAGGAGAUUAUCUCUAUGAUUCUUCAGAGGAGGAAGGCCAGAUGAUACAACGGUUCGCCCUGGCCACUCUUUAUUUUGCCACCAAUGGGGACUUGUGGACUACCAACUCCAAUUGGCUCAAUCACAGUGUUCAUGAGUGUGACUGGUUCCAACAGUCAUCCUUCUCCCUGCGGGACAAGCGAUCCAAGUUCAUUUCUGGGUACUUUGAAGAAUUCAAGAAUAUUUCCGGUGCUCCAUCCUGUCACAACCAUUCUGGUUUGUACCAGCAUUUGUGGCUAGACCAGAACAAUCUGGUGGGAUCUAUCCCAGAAGAGCUCUUUCUCUUGACUUCCCUCGAAACUCUCUCCAUUGGGAGAAAUAGGAUUGAAGGAACCAUCUCUACAAGAGUGGGACAACUGACACAGUUGGAAGGAUUGGUCAUUAAUGGACACGCCAAAGUGGGGACCAUACCCACAGAGAUUGGCUUGCUGACCAAAAUGCGGGGACUCGGGUUGAAUACUAACGAGCUGGAGGGAAUUUUUCCAACGGAACUGUGGAAGCUCACCAAUCUACAGACCAUCCUUUUUGGUGAAAACCCAAACCUAAAAGGGAGCAUUCCUUCAGAGAUUGCUUUGAUGACCAACCUUAGAUGGCUCAACAUGGAUAGCACUCAUUUCUCAGGCACAAUGCCCUCAGAGCUGGGACUGCUACAGAAGGCCGAAUUGAUCGUGUUUGUAGCCAACAGGCUUUCCGGAAGUCUGCCAACAGAACUGGGUCUCUUGUCUGGUGUAGGCAUGUUCUCUGUGUCGCAAAACCAGCACUCUGGCACACUUCCCAGUGAACUUGGACUCAUGACAUCAUUGACUAUUCUCUCUCUGCGAGACAACCAAUUUUCGGGGGAAAUUCCAUCGGAAUUUGGAUUACUGACAAGCCUGUCCGACUUUCUGAAUCUACAAAACAACCAGCUUCUCUCCGGGACCAUCCCAACCCAGUUAGGGCUGUUGACAAAGUUGCACGAGCUAGAGAUCCAAGGAAAUGUACUCAGCGGACAAGUCCCAAGUGAAUUUGGACAACUGGCUUCCAUUGGCAAACUGAAUGUUGCCAAUAACUCACUGACUGGAGUUUUGCCCUCCGAGCUGGCCGAAUUACAGCUGCAUACCCUGAAGCUGGAAGGGAAUGUUGGGCUGUCAGGGAUUGUUCCAGAGGCCCUGUGCAGUCUGAAUGGCUCCUGCAUUGCCACUAUCAUAAAUCCUUGUGAAGGACCAUAUGGUCUCUCCUUUGAUUGUGGUAAGGGCAGCACGCUGUGUGGAUGUGGUUGUUCCUGUGGUUAG